AUGGGCUCUGGGGUGCCUCAGACGUACGAGUUACCCACGGCAAAGGCAUUUUGCGAGAGGCAGCAGCUAUGCUUGCCGCACCACCACAUUAUCUGGGAACAGGAAGCCGAUGGGAACACACCCAAACACCCUACGGAGAGGAGUUUGCCAUUGACUGACCAAAUCCUUUCGCUGAGCACCGCGUUAUGGCGACGCCUGUGCGAUUUACAGAUUUGGCGGGGAGUUCUCGGCGGUAUUUUAUCGAAGCUGAUGGCUUCGUUUAAUUUCUAUGGUUCCAAUGUGCAGAAGUUACUUUUGGAUGAUACAGGGGAUUUUCGUAUGAAUGGGCUUUGGGGUACGUUAUCAAUGGUCUUAGUUUGCUUCUUGGUGGGACUUUUCACGUCACUAAUCCUCGUACGGUGUUUUUCUGAAAAAAUUUCGCGCAGAAAUGAAACUCAUAAGCGUGAAUCGGUGUCUGAAAGGUCAUUAGGCAAUUCUGUAAAGAGUGAUAAAAUCGAUUUGAAGCGGAAGAACAACUAA